AUACCUUCUUAGCAAAAGGCUCUGCUACUCUGGAAAAAUUGAAGGACCUCUGCAACGAAGGGAAAGCACAUCCCUCCACACUUUUUCAGCUGUAUACCCAGGCUGUCCUGGACAUUACAUACUUUGAGGAAAACCAGCUUGUGGAUGCAGAUUUUCCAGAAGAAUCUUCCUUGCAAAAACUGAAAGAACUUAUUUGUAUUCUUUCAGAACCAGAAGACCUAGUGAGGGAAUGCAACAUGAAGGAAGAACCCCUCGACAUCCUUGGUGCAGAGUUGUUAGAAUGCCUUUACUGGAGGAAAGGAGCUCUGCUUUACAUGUAUUGUCAUACAGCAAAAGAAAGGAGCGAGUGGCUGCGAGAAAACACUGCCAUGUUUGAAAAGUGUCUUAAUGAUGGAGUUCACUACUUGAUGAAGAUGCUUAGCUUUAGAUGCCCUCUUCAGCUAAAUGAAGAUGUCUCACUUCAAGAUAAAGACACAGCUAGAUUACUCAGUGAAGGUAUAUUUAGUGACACUCACUUACUGGCCAUGAUGUACAGUGGGGAAAUGUGCUACUGGGGACUGCAACACUGUGGAGAAGGGAAGCAGGAAAGCCUUGGGUCAAUAGAUCCUGUGCCCAACAGUGACCUGGGCAGCAGAUCACAGAGCACAUCGCUGGAUUUCCGAGAAGCAGGGAAAAACAUGUUAACAAAGUACGUGGCUGUGUGCGAGGGACUUUUGAAAGGUCAAGGAUGGAACACAACAACUGCAAAGCAAAUGCUGUGCUACUUCUUGAAGUCAGACAGCUAAAAUUCAC